UCUUGAUUUACUUUUAAAAGAGCCCUAAAAUGAAAGUAUUGGUUUUGUUGAGUGCUCUUGCGGUGUGUUUAGGAGAGGUUACCAAGGAUGAGGGUGUCCUUGUGUUAACAGAGUCCAACUUUCAAGAGGUUGUGGACGGAAAUGAAUUCGUCCUUGUCGAAUUCUAUGCUCCAUGGUGCGGACAUUGCAAGUCGUUAGCCCCUGAAUACGCUAAAGCCGCCCAAACUCUGGCUGAGAAAGAGUCUUCAAUCCUUCUGGGUAAAGUUGAUGCUACCGAGGAGGGUAAACUGGCAGAGAAAUUCGAGGUCCGAGGAUACCCUACACUCAAACUCUUUAGGAAUGGAAAGGCAUCUGAAUACAAUGGCGGUCGUACCGCCGAAACCAUCGUCUCCUGGUUGGAGAAGAAGACCGGUCCCCCCGCCAAGACUCUGGAAACUGUUGAUGCCGCCAAGGCCUUCGUCGAGGAGAAUGAUAUAGCGGUCAUUGGAUUUUUCAAGGUUAGGUGUAUAUCAUUUAAAUCGGCUCUUAUGACUGAUCAGUUUGGUAAUACUUGUUUUAAAAUUUUAAUUUAUAAUGUAGAAGCUGCCGCCGUUUCCCUAUUCAAGAAGUUUGACGAGGGCCGUAAUAACUUUGAGGGAGAGAUGACUGAAGCUGCCCUCACUAAGUUCGUGGCCGGAAACGCCCUCCCCCUUGUCAUUGACUUCAACCAAGAGACCGCACAGAAGAUCUUCUCCGGAGAGAUUAAGUCCCACCUCCUGAUGUUCGUGUCCGCCAAGGCUGAUGAGUAUGCUGCCCAGACUGAAGUUGCCAGGACCAUCGCCAAGGAGAACAAGGGAGAGCUUCUGUUCGUCACCAUCAACACUGACGAGGACGAUCACAAGAGGAUCAUGGAGUUCUUCGGACUCGAGGAUUCUGAGCUUCCCAGCAUGAGAAUUAUCAAGCUUGAAGAGGACAUGUCCAAGUUCAAGCCCGCUAACAAGGACAUCACCGAGGAAAAUGUCAGAGCCUUCGUCAACUCCUACAAGGCCGGAGAGCUGAAGCCCCACCUCAUGUCAGAGGAGAUCCCCGAGGACUGGGACAAGGAGCCUGUCAAGGUGCUAGUUGGCAAGAACUUCGCCGAUGUCGCUCUUGAUACCAGUAAGGAUGUCCUUGUUGAGUUCUAUGCUCCAUGGUGUGGACACUGCAAGCAGUUGGAGCCAAUCUAUACCCAGCUCGGAGAGAAGUUCAAGGACAACGAAGAGAUUGUUAUCGCCAAGAUGGAUUCUACUGGAAAUGAAGUUGAAGAUAUUAAAGUUCAGGGAUUCCCCACCAUCAAACUUUUCAAGAAAGGAGAUAACAAGGUUGUAGACUAUAACGGAGAGAGAACUCUAGAAGGUAUGACUAAGUUCCUUGAAUCUGGAGGUGUUGAUGGUGCUGCUGCUGCUGAUGAUGACGACGAGACUGGUCACGACGAACUGUAAAUCGUCGGUUCGUCUGUUGUUCGCCUGCAUCGGCGAUGGCUUAUAAAUAUAACGUGUUAGUAUGGUGGAAUCUCAUCCCCCAUGUUUUAGUGAUAUUUAAUUUCACAUAUUUUACCCCUUUUCUUCAGCCAGGGCUUCCGUUGAAAACUUGGACAUUUUUCAUGUUGAAAAAUGUUUAUUAAAUGAUCUGGGAUGUCUCUUCUUUUGUUAUUUUGUUAUGGCUAUUAAUGUAUUUUGGGUGGGAGUUAUUUAAAUUUCUGGGGUUCCGGGUGAAUGAAUGCAGUACUUAUUUUUAUAUUCAUUGAACUGAGGUUAAUUUUCAAAUUUACAAAAAUUUUACAAAAAGCAAAAACUCGAUAAAAUGAGAUCUUACAGUUCCACAAUGCAUAAUUUUUAUGUACUCCAAAUGUUACAAAUGUGAUUUUAAUCCAGUUGUGAGAGUUAGCAUUUUGUUAAGUAUUUUUCUAUCGCCUAAAUUUAUAUUAAAAAACAUUUUUACAGAGAACUAUGUGAUUUGUUCCCAAACUAAAAGAAGAGAAUAAACGAUGAAAACUAUA